AUGCCGCCCCAACUCACCGUCCUCGUAGUCGGCGCAGGCCUCUCCGGCCUCGCAGCCGCAAUCCAAGCUGCGCUCUCAGGCCACGCAGUCACCGUCUUAGAAGCCGCGCGUGAACUCGCCGAGAUCGGUGCCGGCCUGCAGCUCACCCCCAACGCAACUCGUCUUCUACAAUCCUGGGGCGUGUACUCCCGUAUCCAAGGCCCCUGCGAGCCCGCCACCUGCACCGUCUACGACUACAAAGGCAAAGUCCUUGCGCACGAGGAUGGCUUCGACAAGAACUGCAGGCGGAAGUACGGCGCGCCGUUCUCUGAUUGCCAUCGUGUGGACCUGCAGCAAGCGCUUGUGAAGAGGGCGAGGGAGUUGGGUGUUGAGGUAGUCCUUGGGGCGAGGGUUGUUGGGUUGGAUUUUGAUAUAGAGCCAGAGGAGGGAGAUGGGGAGGGAGAAGAGGAGAAGGGAAGGAAGCAAGCGCAGGUCAAAGUCGAAGACGGCCGGAUAUGGGAGGUUGAUCUCGUAGUUGCAGCCGACGGGCUGUGGAGUACUUGCCGCUCGGUUUUGCUGGAGAGAAGAGACGCGCCGCUUCCGACAGGGGAUCUGGCCUACCGCAUCGUUUUGCGAGAAGAGCAGAUUCAGGAUGCAAAGUUAAGGGCGAUGGUGCAGGAGCCGGGUGUGAGGUUCUGGGUUGGACCGGACGCGCAUGUAGUUGCGUAUAGUAUGCGUGCGGGAACCAUGUACAAUGUCGUGCUACUGGUGCCAGAUGAUUUGGAAGAGGGCGUGGCGAGGGCGGAGGGGAAUACGGGGGAGAUGCGGAGUUUGUUCGAGGGUUGGGAUCCCGUUCUAACGCAGUUACUCGAGUGCGUGGACAAGGUAGACAAAUGGAAGCUUAUGCACCGCGAAGAAAUGCCCUCCUGGGUAAACAAUCAAUCCAACCUCGUACUCAUCGGCGAUGCAUGCCACCCAAUGCUGCCCUAUCUCGCACAAGGCGCAAACUCAUCCAUCGAAGAUGGUGCUGUACUUGGCCUUCUUCUUUCGCCUUCCAACUUCACGGCUAAGUCCGAACUCCCGCUGACGCUGCAGCUCUUCCAGAAGCUGAGAAAGGCGAGGGGCGAAGCGAUUGCACGAGAAACGUUCAAGCAGCGGAAGGAUUUCCAUAUGCGGGACGGGCAGGAGAGGGACUCGCGAGAUAAAAUUUUCGAAGAGUGGAUAGGCAGGAGCAAGGAGCUAGAAGAGAGUGGCAAGGAGUUUCCGUCGAGAUGGACGUGUCCAGUCGUGCAGCCUUGGUUGUAUGGAUACGAUGCUGUGAAAGAGGUUGAGGGUGCUGUGGGGCAAGGGCGGUGA